AUGGGCGAAGGAAUUGAUGGAGGUUUGCCACGUCAGCAGCAGCAGCAGCAGCAGCAGCAGCAGCAGCAGCAGCAGCAGCAGCAGCAGCAUGAGGCAUCUGAGCUGCAUCAGCAUCAACACCGUGAAGUGGAUCGAUUCAAAUGGAAGAAGACGUCGCACAAGCGGAUAGCGGGUCAACCUGUGAAGAGGCUCUACUACGUUUGCGCAUCCAAGCACGUCACGGGCUGCCCGGCGAAGAAAGUUGAGGAUCGAGUGGCAGGCGAGGCUCGUCACCCGCGCCGCCCCAGGCUGAAAGGCGCCAUCUCAAAAGCCACAGCCGUCUCAAGAACUGCAGCCAGUGCGAAAGGCCCAACUACAGCCAGUGCUACAGCUGCUUGCACUUCUGCAGGUACAACCAAACUGGUUGCUAGAAGCAGUGAGGCUGUAGCAGGACGGGCAGAAGAAGACGACACAGGUUCGGACAGGACGGAGAUGCGUGUGGUGGUGCGGGUGGCAUAUUUUGGCUCACACAACCACCCGCCACCCGAUCCAGUUCCUCCCAAGGCGCUUAUCGCAGGGUUUCCUGCCGUCAGCUGCCUUUCCACGCCAGCAGGCCCCUCUUCUGCUACAGCCUUUGCCUCUACUGCUACAGUUUCCCCUGCGACUAACUCCACUCCCGCUACAACCUUUUCUUCUACCACAACCAUAGCCUCGGCUACAGCCGUUUCCCCUGUUACAACCUUCACCUCUGCUACAACCUUUUCUUCUGCUACAGCCUUAGCCUCUACUACAGCCUCUGCCCCGUCCACAACCUUCUCGUCUGCUACAACCUGUCCUUCUGCUACAGCCUUCUCUGCUACAGCCUUCUCCUCUGCUACAGCCUUACCCUCUGCUACAGCCUUCUCCUCUGCUACAGCCUUAACCCCUGCUACAGCAUUAGUGCCUCCGAUACCUUUUGCCCCGGCUACGACCUUCACCUCUACUACAACCUUUCCUUCUGCUACAGCCUUAGCCUCUACUACAGCCUCUGCCCCGUCUACAACCUUUUCGUCUGCUACAACCUUUCCUUCUGCUACAGCCUUCUCCUCUGCUACAGCCUUCUCCUCUGCUACAGCCUUAACCCCUGCUACAGCAUUAGUGCCUACAAUACCUUUUUCCCCGGCUACAACCUUCAACUCUACUACAACCUUUCCUUCUUCUACAGCCUUUACAGCCUCUGCCCCGGCUACAACCUUCACGCCUGCUACAACCUUUUCUGCUGCUGCAGCCUUCGCCUCUGCUUCGGCCUUCUCUUCUGCUACAGCCUUCUCGUUCAGCCCCCCACAUGCACCGCUAAGCCAGGUGCUGCAAUCGCCUGAAGCUCCCGCUGCCACAUCGGAUGCCUUUGUGACCGGGCCUCUGGUCCCUCUUGCUCCUGCUACGGUGCCUCCUGCUCUUGCUGCAAUGUACCCCGUUCCUGCUACAGUUCCUGCUACAGUUCCUGCUACAGUUCCUGCUACAGUUCCUGCUCCUUCAAUGGUGUCUCGCGCUCCCGCUACACUGUAUCCUGCUCCUGCUACAGUACCUCAUGUUCCUGCCACAGUGCCUCCUGUUCCUGCUACAGUGCCUCCUGUUCCUGCUACAGUUUCCACUCCUGCUCCUGCCACAGCCCUUCCUCCUCCUGCUACAGUGUCUCCUCUCCCUGAUACAUCUGCCUACCAUACCGUCCAUGCUCCUCUCUACCAUACUCGAUUCACAUCCGGGCAUCAUCAACAGCAACAGCAACAGCAACAGCAGGUACUUUGA